GCGCCCGGGGCCGUUCCGCAAGCGCGAGAAGCCUGCGGCUGCGCUGCCCAGCGCGGUGCCUCGUGCCACCUGCCUCGCGCGCCGCGGGCGACUGGAGGAACCCAGAGAGCUCGGCCUGCUGUCCCGUUUUCGAAAAGCAGCCUGUGGCGGCGGAGCCGGGAGGAGAGCAUUUCAGUUUUCUACGGGACUGAGAUUUUUUUUUUCCUCCUUACAAUUUGGGGGGGAGUCCUAGUAGAGGUCAGAGGGGCAAGAGAGGAUCUAGAAAAGCUGCCGAGGACUGUGAACAUGGGCACCCUCUCCUAUCAUUGGAAAAUCUCCUUGACAUUUUUCACACUUUGAAGCAGCUGCAGCUGGUGUCGUCGGAAAAGGGGGUGGGAAAAAAAGAGAGGGGGCGGGGAGAGCAGGGAGACACUGGCAAGAGCCAAGAGCAGCGCCUCCUCUCCUGCCAAUCCUGGCACCUGUGCGCCGAGCCACUGCACCGAGGAGGACCCCACUCCCGGCGAACCCCAGGCUUGAAGCCACGGACUCCCAGCCCUUGCACGGGGGCUUCUCGUCGGCGGGACCUGCAGCCUCCCACUCUGGCCACCGCCGCCGCCUUCGUCCGCCGAAGCACAUUGCACCUCUGAGUAGCCCACUGCGCCCCAGCCCCCGGGGAUCCUCGCCCAGCGGAGGCGCCGCGGCGGGCAGCGGGUGUUACAGAGUUGGGUCCCUUUCCUGCUCUUCUCUUCUCCGCCCAGGAUUUAUUGUCUGUGGAGCUUUCUGGGGGCGGGGAGGGAGCUGCGCCUCCGCCACCACCGCCGCUGCUGCUGCUGCGGUCGCUAGCGCGGCGCGCAGGGCAGGCGGAGGCCGGGGAGUGGACGCGCUCGUGCCUCCCCCGCCGGCGCUCUGGGCUUCCCCUCAGCGGCUCCCCGCGGGAACCUCACCAGCGGUCCACCUGAAGGGCAUCAGCAUCAUGGUCUAACGCGGCACCUGCCUGGAAUCCCCUCUUUCUCCUCCUCUUCCUCCUCCUACUCCUUCUCCUCCUCCUCCGAGGACUCUCGCUCCUACUCUACUGCGGACCCUCGAACACUUUAAGGAAUAACCCUUAGCAGCUGCACGGCUCACGCUCUCCAGAACCUCAUGGGCAGUUUCUCCCGCCGGCGAUGAUGGAGAAUCUAAUAAGGGGAAGAAAUCCCCCACAAUAUCAGAGAAGUCCUUGUAAAGAGGUUCGUGCAGCACUUCGGAAGAGGCCUGAAGAGGAGUUGCAGUGCCUGGAGAUGACCACCAAACGGAAAAUCAUCGGCCGUCUGGUGCCGUGCCGAUGUUUCCGAGGUGAAGAAGAAAUCAUCUCAGUUUUAGAUUACUCCCACUGCAGCCUUCAGCAGGUGCCAAAGGAGGUCUUUAACUUUGAGCGGACAUUAGAGGAGCUUUAUCUAGAUGCCAAUCAAAUUGAAGAGCUACCCAAGCAAUUGUUCAACUGUCAAGCUCUACGAAAACUAAGUAUUCCUGAUAAUGACCUUUCAAGUCUGCCAACCUCAAUUGCUAGUUUAGUUAAUCUUAAAGAACUCGACAUCAGUAAAAAUGGUGUACAAGAAUUCCCAGAAAAUAUAAAGUGCUGUAAGUGUUUAACAAUUAUUGAAGCCAGUGUCAAUCCCAUUUCUAAACUCCCUGAUGGCUUCACUCAGCUUCUAAACCUGACCCAGCUCUACCUGAAUGACGCCUUUCUUGAGUUUCUUCCAGCCAAUUUUGGAAGGCUUGUCAAAUUGCGAAUCUUGGAGCUAAGAGAAAAUCACUUGAAAACUCUACCAAACAUCUGAAGAUCCAGAGUGUGCCCCUUGCCCAAUCGCCUGAGACUAUACAGUGACACCUACAACAGAGGAUGUGGAGGCAGCAGCUUUUCGGGCACCAGAAAUGGCAGCAUCAGGAGCAUCAGCACGAAUAGACUUUGUAGAGGUAGUUCUCCCAAACUACACGGUGAAACCAAACAUUUUUGGUGCGCCACCUGCUGGUGGGGCUGCCAUUUAACUGCCCGGUGUAUACAAAAUGUUUGGUCUUUGUUAAAAAUUUAACAAUGACAUUCCUGACUAGGAUAGAGAGAUCUGAUUUUUUUUUCCCACAUGUGUUCAGUUGCCAUAACUUUCAAUGAACAUGAACUUUUAUUAGGCUCAGGAAAACAUUAAGACCCAUGUUUUAUCAAACUUAUUUUACUAUUUGUUAUGCAAAAUUGCUAUUGAAUAUAAUUUUGUAUAAAUAUUUUUAAACUUAGAUUAAAAUAAGCCAUCCUUAUUCAAUAACAAAAGAUAAUUUCUCUAGUCCAUGAAAUUCUUUAGAUACUGAAUAUGUUUGUCCAGUUUUUGUCCCUGAGGAAGUUCCACUGUGAACUUAUUCUGCAAAAUGAAAGAUUAUUCCCAGAUGGCCCCAAGUCAAAAUAUGAAAUGCUGGUGAUUUAUUUAUUUUUAUAUAAUCUUUUAUAUAAUUUAAUGUGAAAUGGUUAUUUUACCACUGUAAAAAUAUUUUUUGUUAAUUAACCACAUUGGCUUUAUUUGUACAGUUCAUUGACUUUCAAUUGCAUGCAAAAUGAGUCUGAAAAGAUGCUUUUGCAAAAUGAAUAACAAUCAACAUAAUGGGUGCGUUUACUUUGAAUAUUUUAAACAUAUGACUAAGAAGCAGGAUAAUAUUUCUUACAAACGUUAAGCAGUUCAAUGCCUUGAACAUCAUCGUCUUGCCUAAUGCAGUGCAGCAUAACCCUCUUUCACCCUGUUCUAUUCUGGAACCAAGCAAAAUAUUUUUUAAAAUUAUGAUAAUUUUAUUGGAGAUAUUUCUUGAUUCAAUACAAUUUGAGGGAUCUUCUUAUAAAACCAGUAUGAACAGAAUACCAUUGAGAGUAAUAGCUUGUCCUGUAUUUUUAAAAUAUUUCAAAAAAUAUUUUACAGUUAUUUCUUUCACUUUCUAGGAAAAAAUAAAGUAUGACAUUUUAUACAAAACCUAUGCUAUGGAACCAAUGUGUAUUGUGCUGAUUAUUUCUAUUCCGCCUUAUAUAUUUUAAUUAUGUGAAACAUAUAAAAUAUGAGGUAAUUUCCUAUAAUGCAAAUAGCACUUCGCAUGAAACAUGUAUGCAUAUGAAAGUCCAUGUUGAUAUUUUUGUUAAAAUUAUGUAAAUGCUGAUUUUUCCAGAAUUACUUGUGAAGAUCUGUGUAAAAAUAUAUAAAUCUACUUAAUUGUGUUUGGAUAACACUGUUUUAGCCAUGUUUAGCACAUGCUGACUUCUAUCAUCUUUAUACAUAUUGCGUAUCUCUCAAACAGUAUUCUGAAAGAUAUAUUGCUAUUCUAAGAACACAAAAUAUAAGUCUCUGGUAUUCCUUUAAAAUAAGUUUUAUUAUCAUAGUACAGUUAGUUUAUUAUCAUAGUGCAGUUAAAAAAAUAAAACAAUAUUUAAACAAUGUGUUCUUAAGAAAUCUCAGUGUCCUUCAAAUACCACCAAUACCUAACUUUCAAAAAUUUAGUUUGGAUAGUAUUGAAACAUUUGACCUGAAUGUAGCUUUAAAGAUGAAAGAAAUAUUGCUGUUCUGCCUCUAAGAUGUUCCAAGUAAGAAACUGAACUUUUCAUUGUUAAAGCUUAAAAAAUCUUAUAAAGUUGCAAUUAAAGUUUGCAGUAAUGUAUAGACUGUUGGAUAAUUAUUUUGUUGGCAUAACCUCAGUGCAGUAAGCCACGUUGCCUUCUGGUCUUAUGAGAAUGUAUGAUAAUCAAAAGUUUGAAAGCAUGUAAGUGUAGGAUAAAGGAAACUUUUCUUAAUGAAAAUAAAUUAACAAGUAAUUCGAAUAACUGUUAUCAAAGCUGAAAUGGUUUAAAAUUGCAUCCACAGAAGUGAUUAUGCAAAGAAAUUGUUAAACUAAAUGUCACCAAACAUAAUACUUGAUUCAUAUUUGCCUACUGUUCAUACCAUAUGUCACUGUUAAUGUUCCAAAAAGCAUAAAUGAUUUUAAAUUCAUUUGUUUACAUUAAUCUAAUCUUUCAUUCACAGAGAAGUUUCAUGUGCUAACAACAAAUUAUUAAAUGUGUUUAUUUUAUAAAGUUACAUUUUUAACUUCUAGAUUAGUUUUUAAUCAACUAGGUAAAACGGUAAGAGGAUGAAAGAUAUUUAUAUGCAUUUAUUGUUAUUGAACUAGUAAUUUUUACUGAACUAGCUUUUAGAAAUAUAUUCUAUUAAUUCAUGAGUAUUGGGAUAGCCAUAUUAAACCAGAAUUUGGCUAAAUGUACUUAAUAAGGAAAAAUAACUACAAAAAAAUACCCCUUAAGAGGAAGGCAAUAAAAUAUGCGGUUAUCUAUUCUCUAGGAUACCAAGUACAAAAAGCCCUUUCCCCUCUCAUAAAAUCAGACCAACUCCUGGGCACUUGGGACAUGAUGUGAACAACACACGGAAUUGCCCUUCAACACCUUAUUGACAUAUUGUGAACAGAAGUCCAUUUUUAUGUCUCUUAGGAGUGCCUCAAAGAAUAGAAUAGAAGACAGAUUCCCUUGUUUCUCAACAACUACGGUUCCUAGAAGUUUGUUAAGAAUUUCUUACUUAUGAGGCUGGGGUUGGUAGAGCACUUGCCUAGCACAUAUGAGGCACUGAGUUCAAUCCUUAGCACCACAUAAAAUAUAAAAUAUAUACAUAGAGUUGUACAUAGAGUUGCAGAAACAUUUUUGGCAGUGAAAUGCAAAGGGCUUUCAUCAGAGCAUAGUUCAUCUUGGCAUUUAUAGGGCAAAGGUUGGUAAAAUCAAACUUCUUCCAGGUUAUUCCUUAAAUCAGUGCGCAUUCUGCACUUUUAUGAUUUGAUUUGAAAAGGAUUUCCUGGACAAUAGACAUAGCCAUGUUCAAAUGUAACUAAUAACAAAUUGUGAAGCCAAAUCAAAGCAUCUUGCAUUAAUAUCUGUUUGUAAUUGACCAUAAAUCUGCUUCCCUUUAUUAGUUUGACUAAGGUCCAAUCCAAAUGUCAGUCUACCAAGGCUUCUCUGGUUCUCCAACCCUAGUCACUCUACUACAUAUGGAUGUGGGACUUUGGAUAUAAUCUUACUAAAAGGAAACCAUGUCAAGGAUCUGCUUCCUUGAGUUCUUUGAAGGCAGAACUGUCUUACUCAUCAUCCUACAAUGGCUAGAAAAGUGCCUGGUCCAAAAGUUAAAUUUGUUGGAUGGAUAGAGCAGAUACAACAAUCAGAGGAAAUACUAUACCUGCUGAGUAUUCUAGUACUAUUACAUGUAAUAAAAAAACAACAAAACUGAAAUGUCUAAAGUUAUUCUCUGUACCUAUUCAUAAAAUUGCAAAACUGUCACAAGACUCAUUUUCCUCAAAACUCACAGGGAGCAUGGCAUGGAGGUAUGCAUCUGUAAUCUCAGCACUCUGGGAGGCUGAGGCAGGAGUAGCUUGAGCCCAGCAGUUCCAGACCAGCCUGUGUAACACAUAAAGACCCCAGCUACAAAACAAAACAAAAAAACUGCCAAUGAGACCAACACAUUUAUGUGCUAGUUUCAAUUGUGCCACUACAGUUUAAGUAGCCUUUAUUUGAAAAGCUUAGGAGAAGUGUUUAAGAUUUUAAAGUUUUGUGGACUUUGGAGUAUUUUUAAAUUCAUAAUGAGAUAUCUUGGGGGAUGGAACUGAAGAUAAUUUCAAUCAGUAUUUUUAUUGGCCCUAAGUUUUGACCAAGACCUGCACAUGAGGUCAGAUGUGGAAAUUUUCACUUGUAUAUAAUAUAAGUGUUCAAAAAAUUUUGAAUUUUAGAGCAAUUUGGAUUUGGAAUUUGGGGUUUUGGGAAUAGGAAUCUUCAACCUGAAAAAGAUUUCUGAAUUUGAAACUGUUAGCAUCAUCAUAUAAUACACACACACACACACACACACACAUAUAUGUAUAUAUAUGCUUGCAUGUGUGUGUGUAUACAUUUGAAUUACUAUGACACCAAAAACUUAGGCAAAAAAAAAGCAAAAAUAAACAGAUGGGACAUAUCUAAGUGAAAAGAUUCCAUAUAGCAAAGAAAACGUUAACAAAAUGAAAAGACAAUUUUUAUAUUGUGAGAAAAUAUUUGCCAUCUCUUAAGUCUGAGAAGGGUCAAUAUGCAAAACACAUAAAGAAAUUAAAAAACUCAAUAGUGAAUCAACCCAAUGUGAAAGAUAAGCAAAAGACUUUAUAGGCAUUUUUCCAAGGAGUACAUAUAAUAGUCAAUAGGUAUAUGAAAGUUUUCAAUAUCUCUAAUCAUUAAGCGAAUACAGAUCGAAACCACAAUGAGAUAGCAUCUCAUACCUGUUAGGACACAAUUAUCAGAACAAAAACAGAUAAAAAGUAUUGAGGAUGGUAUUUAGAAAAUAUAAAUUUGUGACAAUGUGAAUGGAUAAAGCCAUUAGGGAAGAUAAUAUGGAGAUUUCCCAAAACAUUAAUAAUAAAACUACUGGGGCUAGGGUUGUAGCUCAGUCGUAAAGUACUUGCCUUGCAUGUGAGAGGCAUUGGGUUCGAUCCUUAGCACCAUGUAAAAAUAAAUAAAUAAAGAUAUUGUGUUCCUCUACAACUAAAAAACAAUUUUAAAAAAUAAAUAAAUAAUGAAACUACUAUUGAUCCAGUAGUUCCUUUUCUGAGUAUAUACAGUAACCAAAAUAUAAAAGCAAACUUGUAGUCAACUGAUAAAUAAAGAAAUUAUGAGAUAUAUAUACAUACACACACAUGCAUACACAUAUAUAUGCACAUAUACAUGCAUAUAUCUCACUUACAUAUAAUGGAAUAAUAUUUGAACUUAAAGAAGGAGUCCUGUCAUUUGUGACAGCUUGAAAUGCAUGGAUUAUAUUUUGUUAAGUGAAUUAAGUCAGACACAAAAAGAAAAAUGCUGCAUGAUCUCAAAGAAGGUCAAUUAUAUAGAAACAGAGAGUAAGGUGGCAUUAGCAGGGGGUAGGGGAUGGUGCAUAAGGAAUAAUGUAGGUCAGAGUGUACAAACUCAUGUUUAUAAGAUGGAUAUUUUCUAAAAACCUAAAGCACAGGAUGGUGACUAUAUUAAUAAUGUAUGGUAUUCUAAAAUAUUCUAAGAAAGUCAACCUGAAUUAUUAUCACCAUAAGAAUAAAAGAACGUAUCUGUAUGAGGUGAUGGAUAAGUUAAUUAGCUUCAUUAUGGUAACCUUUGCACAAUGUGUGCAUGUAUCAAAACACCAAGUUGUACAUAUUGAGUAUAUACAACUUUUUCUUGUCAAAUAUACCUCAAUAAAGUUGAAAAUUUUUUAAUGUAAAAGUAAAGUAAAAGAGGACAUGAAUAACAAGGACAGGGUGUUCAAGGCAAGAGUUAAAAACUCAAAUGACAGAAUUUAAAUGUUGGUGCAACAUCUCACAAAUAAAGCAAACCAUGCAUUUAAGCUCUUCAAAUCCCUCUUGUACUGUGGUAGGCCUGAAGGUGUACAAAGUUGUAUGCAUUGCAACUCGAACUUGGCUUUGACCUCUCACUAAACAAUGACUGAAACAAAACUUACUUGGACUUUAAAUAGUCUCUUAUUCUUUAACAAUGAAGGGAACUAAUGUUUAUUUGGUGGAUGCCAGGCUCUGUACCCACAUGCAUCAUUUCAUAAAACCUUGUAGCUACUGUGUAAAGUACGUAUUGUCACAUUUGAGAAAAACUGAGUCUCGGAGAAAUUAAAUGAUUUACCCAAGAUCGCUCUGGUAGAAAGUAGCAGAAACU